CAGAAGAGAAGGAGAAAGGAAGGAGGGUAGGAAUGAGGGUGGGAGGGAGGUAGGGAGAGAGAAUAAUUUUUCGCGCGAGAAACAGACAGAGAGAUCAACGCGGGAAUGUGAUAGAACAGGCGAGAGAGACGGAGAGAGUGUAGCAGAAAGAGAAAAAGAGAGAGAGGAGAAUAGACUUGAGGCGCUCUGCUCCCAAUAGUGACUCUCGCCCUCGGUCAGUCGUGUUCGAACCGCGGAGCCGCGAGCAUCGUCUCUCUUGCUUCGCCAAGGGAGACUUCGGUGUUUAUCACUUCGUAUGUCUAGACUAAACCAGCACGUGCGGGACGACGGGAAGAGGAAGAAAAAAGUGAGGGUGAAUUGGUACGUCAAGGAAGUUUAAUCUAAAAAGGUGGCACCUUGAUGAUUGAGGAUUCCGCUUAAAAAAAGGUUUGCAUGAAGUAAAGCGAAAAGUGGAAUUGACCAAAUUUUUGUAUUGCGCGAAUAUAAGAGCCGAAGAAAAUAACAGCGGUCCUAGGAAAAUAACAUUCUAAACGUUGUUAGGGAAAAGCGCAAUCGGUCGGUCGUUCAGCUAGUCAUCGCGAGGAUCGACGAAUUGGCACGUGGGAGAAGCUUGCUCUGGAAGCUAUCAAUCAAUGCGAAGGGAGCAGGUCGCAGUGGGAUGAUUAUUCGCUGCAAGAUUGCUCGAGAGAAUUGUUCGCGUUAAGAAUAGAGAGGUAACAUAUAUCGUAAACGCGGCACAAUUUAAAACGAAAAUUUUUCGAGUUUAUUGAUCGACUACAGGAAAAAUGAGAUAAGUUGUCGCCUUUUCUUUUCGAUGUGGAGGAGCGCAAAGAAAUUUUCUAGGAAUCAUAAUUUUCGCACUAAUAUUAGCAUAUAGAGAUCAGCACGAUUGAUCAAGUAAUUGUGAACAGUAGCAUUUACCUUGUAGAUCAACAUUUAGACCAUCAAUUGUGAAAUUUGCUUGUCAAUGACAUUUAAUAAUCGUUGCAAAAAACAUUAGUUUGUAUUAUCGUUAAGUUUCAAUUAUAUCAAUAGUCAUUAAUUACCAUCAUUCUUCCAACCGUGUCGGACUAAACUUUCUGAUUGUCAGUCUGACAUUCGGUCCUCGUGAUACUUGAGGAAAUAAGACUCGUGAAGCAUCCUGAUAAUAAACAUCCCGAAAAUCGGUUUAGCUUUACUUAACAUCGAUUUUCCGAUUUGGAAGGAGCGAUUCCGAAGAACCGGAGAGCCACAAUAAUCCCAGCAUGAUUCGUCAAAUGCCGUGCACACCGAGAUAAGACAAUCCGCGCAAAACAGAGAGGCUGGCAUCAGCGUGGCGGCGACGACGGCGACGACGUAGACGACGAAGACGACGACGAAGACGACGGCGACGACGACGACGACAACGACGACGACGACGACGACGACGACGACGACGACGACGACGGUGGCAGCUGCGACGGAUGUCGGGUGUGGGAGGACAGUGGUGAGGGGACAAAGGAUCAAUGGAUCUGUAAUGCGUGCAAAGUCCGAUCGACGUGCACGACGACACGGAUACCUAGAUACUGCAGAUCUGGUCGCAGACGGCGAGGGAGGCGAAAGAGAGGUCGGCGGAGAUCCGGCCCAGAGUGGUGGGAUAAAGACGAAUGAGUAUUUUUCGAGAUUAUCUCUUUGAGGGAAACGUCGGAGCAAACUCUCUCUCGGUGAUAUUAACGACGACAUCAAUCUCGUAAAGCGCGAAGCAGUGCAUUUUAAGAUACGUACGAUUAAUGAUCGAAUGUGAAGAAAGCGGAAGGGACAAUAGCGUGAUAGAAUCGGUUCCUCCAAAUUGUAUUCAGAUAUAAAAGUGAGGCAAAUUUCGCAGCGACGAGGAGGAAGAAACGAACAGGACGCAGCACACAGCACGCAGCGUGUGUGUAUGUAUGUGUGUAUGUGUAUGUAUCGUCACAGCGUCGAGGAAGCAGCAAAACGUCGACGGAGGACGCGAAGCUAUUGCUAUUUUAGAGCCCGCCAAAUAUCUUGCCAAGGUGGUACCGCGUUGACUGUAUGUGUUCCUCUUUCUCCCAGUUUCUCUUUCGUGCUUCCCACGAGUGUUCUUCUCUCUCUUUCUCCUUCUCUUUCUCUCUCUCUCUCUCUCUCUCUCUCUUCUCUCUUCCCGGCUGAUUCUCCCUCAUGAACGAGCGGCCGAUUCUGCGCCGAUGACGCAUGACACCAACCAAAAGCACUGCGACCUGUGACAGAUUGACCAUACGAAUGCCAGUCUUCUGAGCGGACAGAAGAUUUCGAGGAAGAAUCUCGGCUAGAGUUGGUGAAGGUACAAAAGACGCAGGAGGAGCGACUAUUGUUUCGCGCAAAAAGAAGAAUAAUGGCAGGCGAGGACACGCAGAUCCUGUCGAACGGUAACGUGGAGGCCUUGACGAUCAUCCCGCCGAAUAUGGCAAACGGAAACGGGCUGAUAUGCGGCGGCAAGCAGCACAACAACAACGGCUUGAUACCGAACGGGAAGUUGCAUAGCGGGAUCGGUGCCGUGGAAAAUGGCAAGUUGAUUGUGCCGGAUGAAAGAUCGAGCAGCCUUCAUACAGAGUUCGACGAUGCCGAUAUUUCCUGCGGAUGGGGUCCUUGCAGGCCCCACUGGCUGCAGUACUUCGCUACGAAGCAAGCCUUCCUAGUAACCUUCUGUCUCACCUGGGUGCUGCAGGGCAUGUACUACACGUAUUUCGUCUCCGUCAUCACGACAAUAGAGAAGCUCUUCCAGAUCCAGUCGAAGACGACGGGCAUCAUCAUGUCGGCCACGGAGAUCGGUCAGAUCGGAUCGUCCCUGUUACUAACGUACUAUGGCGGCCAAGGUCACCGGCCCAAGUGGAUAGCCUGGGGCAUGAUUCUCUUCGCCGUGAGCUCGUUCACCUGUUCGUUACCUCACUUUAUCUUCGGGGAACAGCUGAUCCUUCAAAACGAGAUGCUGCUCAGCGGUGUCGGGCCCGGCGGUAACGGCCGCGGGCUUAACAAUACUGAUCCCAUACCGGCAAAUCUCUGCAAGUUCCCGGAAAGGAACAACACAUUAGACGGAUGGAAUAUAUCGACGCCAGCAUCGCAGACCGAUUCAUCGGAAUAUUGCAAAGGUGAUUUUCUCAGGGAGCAGAGAAUACAGAGCAAGAUAACUACGGUGGUGCUUGCAAUAUUUUUCGUAUCAUUGCUCGGCGUAGGAAUGGGCCAAACAGCAGUAUAUACACUUGGUAUACCCUACAUCGACGACAACGUGGCUAGCAGAGAGAGUCCUUUAUAUUUCGCAAUUACUAUUGGGGUGCGGAUUCUCGGUCCAGCAUUAGGCUUCAUUCUGGGUUCCUUAUGCACGAUGGUUUAUGCGGAUUUGACAAGGACUCCACAAAUCACGCCGACGGAUCCAAGAUGGGUCGGUGCUUGGUGGCUUGGAUUAGUUUUAAUCUCAGCAAUGCUGAUGUUUGUCAGUAUUGGAAUGUUCGCAUUUCCGACGCGUUUGCCGAAGAGCAGGACACCGCCUCGACGAGCGGAUGCCAAGAAGCCCAGUCUCCGAGAUUUUCCGAGUGCAGUGAAAAGACUACUGAAAAACGAUAUACUGAUGUUCAGGACAGCAAGUAGCGUGUUGCACAUCUUGCCGAUCGCCGGUCUUUACACUUUCCUGCCAAAGUACCUCGAAAGCCAAUUUCGUCUGCCAGCUCAUCAUGCGAACAUGAUCUCAGGUGUUGGCGGCAUCCUAGUUAUGGGAUUGGGUAUUAUAAUUAGUGGUGUAUUUAUCUUGAGAGCGAAGCCUAACGCGAGGUUUGUCGCAGCCUGGAUCGCCUUCACUGCGGUCGUUUACGCGAUCGGCAUGGGUGUAUUGAUGUUUAUUGGUUGUCCGAUGGACGAUUUUGCAGGGCUCGUGUCACAUUCUGACGGACUUUCCAGCUUCGAGCCAAUCUGUGAGGCUAGCUGCGACUGCGACCGAAAUAAAUUUAGUCCAAUCUGUGGUGCGGAUGGCAGAACGUAUUUCUCCGCGUGUCAUGCAGGCUGCUCGAAUUAUACGGUCGCCGACGGCAAAGUGGCAUCGUUUUAUAAUUGUCAAUGCAUCGAACACAACGUGACGAUACCGGAAGCGUUCAGCACGGCGACCAUCGGUUAUUGUGAACUCGAGUGCAGCAACUUUUGGGUUUACAUGAUCCUGUUUUCGGUCUUCGUUUUUAUCCAUUCGACUAGCGAAGUAGGCUCCAUGCUGCUUAUUCUCCGAUGUGUGGAUCCCAGAGAUAAGGCCAUGGCGCUUGGUCUGAUACAGUUCGCCAUCGGAUUAUUUGGUAAUGUCCCAUGUCCUAUCGUUUAUGGUGCUGUGGUAGAUUCCGCUUGUCUCGUAUGGGAAUACGCUUGCGGUGAGCGAGGCGCCUGCUGGCUUUACGAUUCGAAUGUAUUUAGAAUGUUCUAUCAUGGUACAACGGGCGGUAUCCUCGUGUUGGCCUUCGUGGUGGAUAUAGUCGUCUGGUACAAGGCCGGGAGCAUAAGCUUCGUGGAGGAGCAGGAGGGCGAGGAAGGUACCGCGGAGGAAAUGGCGACGUUAAAAUCGCAAGACGCUCAGACGAUCGAGAAUGACUAUUUGUGAAGGUUUCGCAUUACUCUUUGCGGUGAACGGGUCGUGGCCGAUGCGUCGUCGUCAUCGUCGUCUAAGGACUCAGUGCAGUGUCGUAGAAUACAUGGGGGCAUCGUUCUUCGCGAAAAGUAUACCGGAAUAGAGAUCGCCGUAUGUUCCGGGGACGCAACGAAGGAUCCACUUGAUGAUUACAAGUCAAGAAGGAUCUUCUCUCGAAUGAGUUCGUAUCGACGAAAGUCUAGUCUCAUUUCUCUCCUCGACAGUAGGAGACCGCCUCUCAGGACAAUCAACGCUGGUGAUGCGAAUGUUUUUAAUGUCCGCGCGCGCGAAAAUCACAAGAGGACUGGUUGAAGUAGGUGAAUGACGUGAACAAUUACUCGCGAGAGAAUUGCAAUUGUUGAACGAGGAAGAAACAGAUACAAUUGCAAAGUUGAAGGAAGAACUAGAAGACUCAGAAGAUUAUGAUUCAAUUACGAUGAGCAGGAAGAAGGAUUGCAUGACUUCUACGGAACAAGCACAAUUACGUGAAGACGAUACCGAUUACUGCAUCGCGAGAUAUUCUUGUAAGCAUGGGAGAACUGUAUGAAAGAUUAGCUCUUGAGUUAACUCGGCAGUUAUCAUCAGAUUCAGACAUAAAAAAUCAUUUGAUGACAGGAGAACGACAGAAAUAAUCAUGCUCGAAAAGAGCUGACAAGAGCGACUUAUUAUAUAGGUCUCCCCCAAUCGCGUCUCGAAAAAGUUAUAGUAAGGUUUCUCUCUCAGGGAGGGCUGUCAGUAAGUACACGCAAUAUAAAAAGUAAUACUUCCGUGCCUACGAAACGACGGUGCUUGCGGCGAGCACGCGGGAUUCGCUUCGACGGAUCCGGAGAAUCGAAUCGAAUCAAACCACAUGGGCGGCCUCGCGGAUAAACGCGGUUCGCGACAGUGAGGGAUUGCAUCGUGCGUUGCGCACCGGUGUUGAUUAGUACGGCGUUCUCGUUGCUGCACGUUAUCUAACGGUAACAUUUACCGUGACGCGAAAGGAAACGCGGGGCACUACAUGCCCUAACAUAAGGCUGCAGCUUUUUUAUUUAUUUACUAUAUAGAAUUUUGUUAUAAAAGGGGUUCGUGAAUGAAGAAAAACGUUAAGGAAUCAUUUGAUGCUUCUAAAUUCGAACAGCAACA